UCUCUCUCUCUCUCUCUCUCUCUCUCUUCCUUUGAGAGAUGGAGAGGGCGAGGGUGGAGGGUGGAGGCUUGGAAUCGUCGCUUCUCCAAAUCGUUCAUGAGCACCAACACAGAGCCCUUCGAAUCAGAGAUCAAACGGAUAAAGCAAAGAAGGAAGCUUUAAAAAAUGCUUUCCGUGUUUCCGAUCUUCUGGUCAACGUAGUUAAUGGUGGAGUCGAGGAGACAUUCAUAAAUGAGAAGCGUAUUGAACUUGAAAUUCGUGCUUUACUUGGUACUAUCAUGAGAUAUAAGAAGCAGAUGGAUCAAUGGCUUGCUGCUUCUCAUGCAGUUAAUUCCGUUUUGAAGGAGAUUGGAGACUUUGAGAACUGGAUGAAGAUUAUGGACUUUGAUUGUAAAAGCAUCAAUGCUGCAAUCCACAAUAUUCAUCAGAUGUGAGUGCAUGAGCCCUAAUCUACAAAAACACUACAUGUAUAAUAAUCGACGACGUUAAGAAUAUUUCCUCAUUUUGUUCUUCUUUCUUCUCACAUAUGAAUUGGAAUCGUGUUGUAAAGAACUUUCUCGUUGAAAAGAUUUCUUCUUUUUUCUUGUAUUGUUA